GCCUCGUGUUUCACAAUUUUAAUUGUAAGAUUCUACAAAACAGCCAGCGAACAUAAAAAAGCAGAACGAUAUUAUGUAAAAAAAACCCAAACAUUAAUAUUCCUUCAUUUAUUCUUGACCCACAUUCUAGACUUUAUCAUCUCUACAAAGUGUGUCUGAACCCUGCAAAGUUCUUACUAUCCUUCUGCAUACGUAAACUAUAAAAAAGUGAACAUAAGAUUGCAAAGGAGGUCAGCCUUAAAGCAGCAUCAAAAGAUAUAUUCUAAAAACCUCCAAGAAGUCAAACAUAAAGUUGCUUUGGCAUUUCGCUUUUCUUGAUAAAUCUCAGGACUUUUAGAAGACACCUGAAGGUAGCCCUGUAUAGGGAAGUUUUUAAUGUUUGACAUUUUAUCGUGUUUUUAAUAUUCUGUUGGGAGCCACCCAUACAGUGGUACCUCGAGUUACAUACGCUUCAGGUUACAGACUCCGCUAACCCAGAAAUAGUACCUCAGGUUAAGAACUUUGCUUCAGGAUGAAAACAGAAAUUGUGCGGUGGCAGCGACACGGCGGCAGCGGGAGGCCCCAUUAGCUAAAGUGGUACCUCAGGUUAAAAACUGUUUCAGGUUAAGAACGGACCUCCAGAACAAUUUAAAUUCUUAACCUGAGGUACCAAUGUAGUGCUUGGCUGGUGCAACCCAGUCAGAUGGACAGCUAAUAAUAAUAGUAACAAUAAUAACAACAACAACAACAACAACAACAACAACAAUAAUAAUAAUAAUAAUAAUGCAGUCUUUCCCAACCUGAUGCCCUCCAGAUGUUUUGGACUACAACUCCCAUCAGCACCAUAUGGAGGGCAAUACGUUGGUGUAGUUUGCCUUAGGCACUGACCAUUAGACCCCUAAUUCCUUGUGCUAUUUGAUCAGCUCCCUAGCAUAACUUUUGUGCUUUCAGGCGUUAGUCCACAGACAGCUUUCCGGUCACGUGGCCAGUAUGACUAAACCGCUUCUGGUUAAUUCCUUUUGAUAUCGUUUAUAGUUAAGAAGCCACCUAUAUCUGUACCAUAGAUCCAAAAAGCUGGGUAGACAGGGUUUACCACAUGGAUUUCAAACUGAUGUAAAAGGGUUACCUUGUCAGUGAGAGAAUAAAAAGAUAAGCAAUUGCUUGGAAUGUCGAGGAGAACGCCAACCUGCAGAGGUUUCUCUUUACUAAUUGGAGUUUCUUGAUUUCUGUGCCAUGCUGAGAGCCAUUUCCUUGACCAUUCUAUGCACCAGGAUAUCUCACUUCUCCCUAGCUUGUCACUCUUACCAAUGUCCUCACUGGCAACACCAACAGCCCAUCCUGUGCUGUUUCUGGUGCUAACUUCCCAGUAGUGACACCCUUCAGAGAAACUCUGGGAGCCCAACACCUGGCUGAUGCGGAAUCUCUUCGGACAAUAUUCAUAGUCAGAUUCCCAAGGGCUCACAGAGACUUUCCUUUUAUCUGCCGUGAGUUGAAGCAUGUUGCUGAUCGUCUUGGGAUCAAAAGUCACGUAGGAUGCCCCUGUAAUAAGCAAAAUCAUUUAAAUUAAACAAGAUCAAUGUGCUGGAUCAAGAGAAUUUCUGCAACAGGCAAGGACCGCCCCUUUCCAUAUGAACCUACCCGGACCCUGAGAACAUCUUUUGAGGCCCUUCUUCAUGUGUCUCCUUCACAAGAGGUCCAGAGGAUGGCAAUAGGAGAAAGGGCCUUCUCUGCAGUGGCUCCCUGUUUGUGGAAGGCUCUCCCCAGGGAAGUUCGCCUGGCGCCUUCAUUAUACACCUUUAGGUGCCAGGCAAAAACGUUCCUUUUUAACCAGGCCUUUGGUUGAUCUGAUUCCCAUUCUAUGCCCUUUUAAAAUGUGUUUUUUGUAAGGGGGGCUAUUGGGUUGUUGUAUUUAUAUUUAUUAUGUAUUUUGUGGUUUUAUAUCUUGAUUUUAUUCUGUGAACCACCCUGAGACCCCCGGAUAUAGGGUGAUAUAUAAAUUCAAUCAAUCACUCAAUUAUUAUUUUGUAUCAUGGCUAUUUAAUUUAAAAACCCAAAGUACAUGGGUGGGGGUGGGGUGAGUACUGUAUAUGAUAACUAUUUCUCUGUGGCUAGGAAAUCAUUUAGAACCAGAUCCUAUCUCACACAAUCUGGAGAAGUUUACAAAACAUGUUGCAGCUCAAUAAAACUAAAUGUACCAAUGAACAGGAUUUCCAAAAGCCCUUAGUUAACAAAGCUUAAGAGAUGCCAUGCUCUAUUUUCAAAACAUAGGAUUGAAAGAAAGCAAGUUCAUGAUUUCAGUGUGAAGGUUUGACUCUUAAAACAGACAAACAAACAAGUUUGACUCUUCAGGGCCAGAUUUAGGUUUGAUGAGGCCCUAAGCUACUGAAGGUAAUGGGGCCCUUUAUAUGUCCAGCUGUCCUUUGUCAACAACAAAUUGUCACUAUUUUUUUGUGUUGAAUAUAUGCUAUAUGGUAAUUUAUGGACCUAAUAGGUAUCUAAAGCCGUUUGUGCAUAACAAAAUAUGUAUUUUAUCAAAGUAAUUGUUGAACUGAAAUACAAUUAAGAAGUAUAUUAAUAAUGAAAUACAAUUAAGAAGUAUAUUAAUAGUGAAAUAAUUAUUAAGCUCUAAUUGUAUGUAGGUUUUAUUUUACUUGUUUUUUAUCUUACAUUUUUGAAAUGUUCAUCCAGUUGUUUUUUUUCCUUUAAUUUUUUGGGGGGCCCCUAAGAGAAUGGGGCCCUAAGCUACAGCUUGUUUAGCUUAUACGUAAAUCCGACACUGCUUUAACUGGACAUAAGCUGACAGAAUUCAGCAGCAGGACAAUCAAUCUAGGUCUUGCAGUACCAAAACAACAGUUCAUUGAAUGUCUUGUCCACACUUCCUAACACCACUAUCUUGUAUAUACAGUGACUUAUACUUACACUGAGAAAACUGACUUGAAAUUGCUGGCGUUGGACUAUCUCUGGCCGAUGACGUUGCUGAAGAAGAGCAGCUGGUUCCCUGAAGAGAAUCUUGAUGGAGUGCUAAUAAAGAGAGUCCCCUUGUUAGCAAGUAAGGUAAAGGUAAAGGGACCCCUGACCAUUAGGUCCAGUCGUGGCCGACUCUGGGGUUGCGGCGCUCAUCUCGCUUUAUUGGCCGAGGGAGCCAGCGUACAGCUUCCGGGUCAUGUGGCCAGCAUGACUAAGCCGCUUCUGGAGAAACCAGAGCAGCGCACGAAAACGCUGUUUACCUUCCCGUCGGAGUGGUACCUGUUUAUCUACUUGCACUUUGAUGUGCUUUCGAACUGCUAGGUUGGCAGGAGCAGGGACCGAGCCAACGGGAGCUCACCCCAUCGCAGGGAUUCGAACCGCCAACCUUCUGAUCAGCAAGUCCUAGGCUUUGUGGUUUAACCCACAACGCCACCCGCGUCCCUUUGUUAGCAAGUAAGAGGUCCUUAACCAACAACAGAGGGAUGCUGUCAUGUGAUAGCUGCAGAAUAUACAGGUGGCCCUAAAAACUCCUCCCUGGGAUUAUACAUUUACAGUCAUACCUUGGAAGUCGAACGGAAUCUGUUCCGGAGUCUGUUCGACUUCCAAAAUGUUCAGAAACCAAAGCGUGGCUUCUGAUUGGCUGCAGGAAGCUCCUGCAGCCAAUCAGAAGCCGUGGAAGCCCCAGCUUCAAAAAAUAGUUCACAAACAGGAACAGUCACUUCUGGGUUUGAAGUUCGGGAGCCAAAACUUAGCAGUUCGAAAACCAAGGUACGACUGUAUUUAUUUACUUUUCUUAUCUUUCCAUUCACUCUUUCUUCUGCGAUGCAACCAAAGGUAGUAUCCAUGUGUUUUCCAUGUGGUCACCCAUCCGGGAACUAACCAGGCCUACACCUGCUUAGCUUCACCAACCUCAUGUGCUCUGAGACCACGCAGUGUGGGACUAUACAGAGAAGUUACUUGAUUUCUUACGGUGCUCAACAUUUAAAGCACUGUUUUUCUUGAAAAGAUCCAGGGGCCCAUUGAACAUUAACUAGAGGGAGCUGUGGCUUUCAACUCAGAAAAAAACUUCUGCCACAACUUGAAGCAUGAGUCUGCAGUCGCAUGAACUUCUGUGCAGCUGCUCAAAGUUGUAAAAUCACUCAAGCGCAUGAGAGCAACAGAGAAGGAAUAAGAUUCAGUUAGUUAACUACUCACAAGAAUUGCUGGUGGAGGCAAUUUCAUCCUCUGCCACGUUGGUUUGGAUAUCAUUAGAGGCACAAGUCAUGUUACUUGUUCCUGGAGAAAAUUCUGCAGUAAAAAAAAAAAAAAAAAGCACGCUCAGUUAAAUUAUUGAAACGCGAAGCCUGUGUUGACAGCACAUGUCAAAUUGUUCCUCCUUUGCAGACUAUGGUUUCAAUUCAGAUCAGAAUUAGAUGAGAAUCUGGAUUAGAUGAGAAUCUGGGGUCCUUAAACUCAUAUUCAAAGUAAAAACUUCUGUAUAUGACCUUGGAUCAAAUCUAUGCUUCCAGGUGCCAUAAGAAAGCUGCAGAGAUAGAGCAGGACAAUGCGCACCCCGGAAAUGAUCUCUUUCAGCUUCUGCCUUCUGGAAGAAGGUACAGGGUUAUAAAGACUAGGACUAGCCACCUGAGAAACAGUUUCUAUUCCAAUGCGAUUUUGGUUUUAAACGCAGUGUAAGGUAGUCUCUAUGGGAGUAUAUUGUAUUUAAUUAUGGAGUAUCAGAGUUUUUAGGGGGCUAACCAGGCUGGGAUAGCAGGCUUGUGGGUUUUUGAAUGUCUGAUGUAGAUUUUUUCAAUUUCGCUGUUCUGUAUGGGACAAUAAUAAAGAUUAUCGUAUCAUAUUGUAUGGGAGGGGCUUAUUUAGACAGCAAUCUACAUCUUGGAAUGGAGUCUCAUGGCAACAACAUGCAGCCUAAUUUUUAAACUCUUGUCUUUUUAUUGUCCCUACCUACUUUUGUGCACCAUCUUCUCUGAUGAAGAGCUCUCGAAAACUCACAAAAUGUGAUACUUGAGUGGAUCCAACUAAAGGUAUUGCACAACUGUGGAUUUUGGAGUAUCAUUAAACAUCUUUGUAAUUACUCAUAUUGGCCUAAAAUCACCAAAUAUUGUGCACACGUCCACAUCUUUGGGGUGGGGGUAGGGAAAUAUAAGCACUAGAGCUGCCAAUCAACAAAGGAACUUGUUGAUUUAAUAAUUAGCCAAUUUAAAUAAAUGUGCCUAUUAUCAAAACCUCAACAGAGGUUCCCUUCUGGGAUACUGCAGGAAACACAACGCAAACACAUUGCUAAUAAUAGCAGCUAUCACUCACAGUUUUAAAAAAGAAAGGCUAUCCUUAAUAUUUCCACCUUUAAAUUCCCCAUUUCACCAGAACUGAAACAGCAGUCUCAACAGAAUAAACCUCUCAUCAAGCAGUCCUGUCUGUAUGACAAACAGGGUCCAGUACUCAUAGUGUUGGCAGAACAGGAAAAAGAAAAGGGUGUCUGUCGACUGAAGAAAGCACCUUGAAGAUGUUUGCCUAUGUGUGGAUAUCUUAAUAUCUUAAUCCAAAAUCAAAUUCACUGCACUAAUACAAAUUGUCACAGCUGUAAAGAUUAAGAAAACUGGGAUGCGGGUGGCGCUGUGGGUUAAACCACAGAGCCUAGGACUUGCCGAUCAGAAGGUCGGCGGUUCGAAUCCCCGCGACGGGGUGAGCUCCCGUUGCUCGGUCCCUGCUCCUGCCAACCUAGCAGUUCGAAAGCACCUCAAAGUGCAAGUAGAAAAAUAGGUACCGCUCCAGCGGGAAGGUAAAGGCAUUUCCGUGUGCUGCUCUGGUUCGCCAGAAGAGGCUUAGUCAUGCUGGCCACAUGACCCGGAAGCUGUACGCCGGCUCCCUCGGCCAAUAAAGCAAGAUGAGCGCCGCAACCCCAGAGUCGGCCACGACUGGACCUAACGGUCAGGGGUCCCUUUAAAUUUUUUGAUCCUAUUAAAAAAAAAAGACCUAUACAGUGGACACUCGAGUUGCGAACAUGAUCCGUGUGGGAUGCACUUUCGCAACUCACAGAGUUUGCAACCUGCAGCGGCACGCCUGCGCACGCAUGGGUUGCGAUUCAGCGCUUCUGUGCAUGCGUAAAGCGUAAUUUAGCGCUUCUGCGCAUGUGUGACCGCCAAAACCUGGAAGUAACCCGUUCCGGUACUUCCGGGUUUCGGCAGUCCGUAACCCAAAAAAACGCAACCUGAAGUCUCUGUAACCCAAGGUAUGACUGUAGUGGGAAAUUCCAGAGAUUCAGAGUGCUCUGUGGUGGGCAAAUCAUCUAUGAAGCCCUCCUCACUUACUUCCCAGGGGCAUUUGGCUGCUAUCAUUAUCAGGACACAAUGCCAGACAUGGUCUGAUCUAGCCAAGGCAGUACUUACUGAAUGUUUCUGGCUGUCAGCAUUACACUGGUGUAAAUAUGCAGACUCCUAUUUACUUCUUCAGCAUCUUACAGGACUCGGCUUGGUAAUGAUCAAACACAUGUCAGACUUCCUUUAGCUAGUGGAAAAUUUCAAACUCCACUCACCACGAGGCUGCUGCCUGGGGCAUUUUUCCAGCACUGCCCUAUCCAGCUGCCUUCUGAACUCUUCCACAGCAUAUAUGAUGCCAGAAAUCUUCUGAACACCAAGAACAACUUCGGUCACUCUGAUAGGCUCACCGAUGGAAACUUCUUGUUCCGAUGAGGUAUUCUAAUAAUGGGGGGAGGGGGGGUCACAACAACAAGCAACAUUUCCAGCGAGGAUUUCUGACAACUCUUAAGUUAGAAAAGUGUAGAUUUGUAGAAGUGGACUGAAAAUUUCCAAUGGAAAAAAAUAUAUCUGGAAUACAUCUGUAUAUAAAUCUAUCCAGGGCAGUCUAAAACCUUCCAAAGAAUGCUGAUAAUAUUAAUAGAAAGUUUAAAAAAGUAUUUUAAUUCAGGGGCUAGUAUGAAUGAAUGGCGUUUCUAAAAUCCUCCAGUUCUGUCACAUAUAUUUGUUAUUCCUUUUGCCCUAAAAUCUUAAUCCUGGAGCUCCUGGAAAACAAAUUUUUAUUUGUUUGUUUGUUUAUAUGCCACUUUUUUAAAUCACAAAGGAUUUCUGCUGUAGUCUAUGGAUGAAUGCAGUAAAUGCUAUUCUAUAUUCUAUUCACAUAAGAACUCAAGGCUUGCUACGAUAUUUUUAAAAAUCAUGAAAUGCAUGACUAAAAUCAGCAGGCAAAAUGUUAAAAUCAGCCUAUCUGAUAAACCUGGCAUAACAGAAAUGUUUUUACAAGUACUGUGCCUGACAGGUUCCAUUUGAAAGAAGUUGCAUAUGGUCCUUAAGAUACAGCCAAUAUAAACUGAGCCCAUUCAAAUAUGAUUCUCAAGUUUCUGCGUAACUCAUAAACACAUCUGGGCAGGGGGAUGAGGACUGAGAAAAAGGAAAUUUAAAUGCUGCUUUAGGGGUUUAUGUUCAGAAGUGCUACAACAAAAACAAAAGGGGAAGUUUUCUCUAGGUUCAGGGAUUCUGGGAGUUGGUCCAAAUUUACAUAUCAUAUCUUUAGAAUUGGAGAGUAAGUUUAGGCAUUGUUUUUGUAUUGCACUGGAAAAGCCACAAUGGCAUGCAUCUCGAUCCUAUACUUGUUUUCCCAGAAAACAAAUCCAAUUUGUUCAAUCGAUCUUAUAUCCAAGUAAGUGUGCACCGUUAAUCUCAUUCCUCCCCCACCGCUUUUACCUUAAUCACUUCCUCAGAGUUACUCUGCAGUUCCAAAAGCCUGUCAAUUCUUGCUGUGAGUUGCUCAUUCAUUAAGUCUAUGCUUUGUUGAGCGGCAGCACAUUCUUCAUCAAUAACAUUCAGCACCUUUUCCUCUUGAUCAUUAAUAUACUUCUUCAUAAAACUGAAGCCUUCUCUAAUGGAACUUUUGAUUCGAGAUACAGAAUCCUAAAACCAAGGGAAGAGAAGCUGAUUUAGGAGGACACAUAAGCUCAGAGCUUCCUAAGAGGUGUGACACAACUCUUCAAAUGCUUUUGGGAUAGUUCAGCUCCCCCUCUAUCCCACAGACAGGAAUUCUCAACCCCUACAUGGGCUUCUGCCUCUUUAAAACUAUGGGAUUUUGUAUAAGAAGGGACAUAUCAAUAUCUGGCUUAUGAUCUACAGACUAGGAUAGCACGAUUCGAAGUACAACUUUACAACUUGACUCAAUUGAAUUAAUAAAUGGCCUCUUGUGGUAUGUGGAAUAUUGGGGCGAAUGAAUGUACAGUGGCACCUUGGUUUUCAAACGUCUCAGAAGUCGAACGUUUUGUAUUUCGAACGCCGAAAACACAGAAGUGCAUGCUUCGGUUUUCAAAUACUUUUCAGAAGUUGAACAUGCUACGUGACUUCCGUAUUGACUUUUCCCUAAGUAAAUGUUUCCGUAAGUAAAUGCUUUGGUUUUCUAACGUUUCAGAACUCGAACAGUCUUCCAGAACAGAUUACGUUUGAAAACCAAGGUACCGCUGUAAUAACCAAAUUGGAUAGCUCAGUCGGUGGAGCAUGUGGCUCUUAAUCUCAGGGCCCCAAGUUGGGUGAUAGAUUCCUACAUUGCUGGGGGUGUGUGUGGACUAGAUACAUGACUCUUGCGGUCCCUCCCAACUCUUCAGUUCUAUGAUACUAGAACAUGCCAUCCCCCUGAAAUCUUAUGAAUUAUGAGGAAGGGGCAUGGCAGACCUCAACUGAACACUCUCUGACCAAAUAAACAACAACCCUGAAAGGCCUCUACAUGUUCCAGAAGAGGAGAGGGUAGAAAGAAGCCAAACAUAUCAUCGCAACUCAUUCAGGUACCAACCUUCAUUUCAGCGCUGUCCUUCGUGCACUUGUCAAUUGCUUCAAACGCCGCUUCUAUUUGUUUGCAGACUUCACUUAUUUUCACCACUUCCUGGAGGAUGGAAAACCACAAGCCACAUAUAAACCUAGAUCUUGAAAACAAUACCUCACAGACCGCCUUUCCCAUAUGAAUUGACCGGGAUCCUGCGAUUCUCAUCCGAGGCUCUUCUUCGGGUGCUUCCCCAACAAGAGGUCCAAAGUGUGGCAACAAAGGAAUGGGCAAAGUAUCUGCUCUGGAGGGUUAGAAAACCACAAACAUAUUUUGGGGGGGUAGGGUCAAGGGGAGGAGGGGGUUUUCCACUUUCCCAAGGAAGCACUUAGCACUACUUUGAAUACAAGCCAUUAUCAAAUUUUCUUUGCUAUACAGCGGGAGAUAUUUUCCUUCGGUCCCAUUGAAAUGUAACACUUAGUCCUCCUGCCAUUAAGGAAUCAAACACCCCUGUUUGCAGUUCUAGAACCAGUUCAUAUGAGCAUGUACACCUCCUAAUCAUUUAUUGCUUUAUCAAAACUCAAUAUUUGACCAGUCCCAGCCUAAUAUGUGUACUACCCACCGACAAGAAUUGCCUUUGGUAUUUGAUCUUUGCCUGUGGCAUUUGAUAGUUGCUUAUCCUUUCCCACAUGCAAUCUAAUUGUCCUUAGAUUUUGCAGUCACCCAGCCACAAACGCAUGUGUCAACAGCGUCCUAAUCAAGCCCGUACAAACCUUGAGCUGAUAUGGGAAAACUCCAGCUGACAGCUUCAGAUCCUGGGAUCCACUGGCUCCUUGAUGCUCUCUCCAGGAGGGUCCCAACAAUUCCUGGUGGUUUUUCUUCAUCUGCUGGUAAGUUUCCACUAUGUUCGCAAGUGAUCUAUGGUCUACCAAAUUAUUUUGACGGAGCUCCCCCCUGCACCUGGGGCAAAAUGCCUUGGGCCCCAUCUUUUUGCAGUGCUCAGAGAUGCACUCCUUGCAGAAGCUGUGGGAGCAUUUUAUAAUCAGUACUGGCUUGUUAAAAAAAUCCAGGCAAAGGCAGCAAGUCAAUUCGUCCUGCAAAUUCUUAGCAAGAUCAACAGCCUCCGCGGCGGUAGCCAUGGCUGAAGGGAGACAGAGCUCUGAGGGACUUUCAGUUUCUUUUACAGUAUUAGGAUAGAAAAGUUUCUGUACUUGGAAGGAAAAGAGAGUAGUUUGCGCUUCCGCUCCUCUUCUCUAUCGCAGGGCUUGUUGCUGUUUUUAGAUGGGGGCGGGCGAAGAGCUGUGAAUUUGUGGCUUUCAACAGCCUCUCCGCCGUGUAAAAUGUAGUCCCGGUUGCCGGGCAGGCCUGAACGUGCGAAUGCAAGAGUGCAGAGUCAGGAUCAGCAGAGGUACGUCGCCCCCACUAGCCUCCCCCUACCCAGUUGUGUGUGGUCUCCAUCCUCACGUUAGAGCGGACACGAGUAUAAUAACCCUUUGCGAUUCUCGGCCUCCGAUCGUGGGAAGGGACGCGCUCCCGUGUAGAAAACAGCUGCGGGUCACACGCGAAGCAGUUCUCUCAUCUUCAUUUAAGGGGUGAAAACAAGGAGCAGCCCUCCCACCUCCACCCCCGGCAAAAGACAACGGGUGGGGGCGUCCAGAAGCGCGGGUUCACACGAGCAGCGGCGGCGGCCGAGGGAAACACGCGUGUUAACUUUCUUAGAGCCGCCGGAGGGAGCCGGAACGAUGCGCACUGGCUUCGGUUGCCGGGUGGGGGGACGGACUCCUUUUGAGGGCGUGCCAAUGGAACGGAGGCGGAGAAGGGGGAAGGAGAAGCGUGUUGCACCGAGCCGAAGUGGGCGAGGAUGGGCUUGAGAGGGCUUCCCGACCUUCUCCGGGCAGGUAGAGACGGCACUGGUGCUUUCGAGGGAAGGUUUCCUAACGGGGUGGAAAUUGGAAGAGAAGCGGGUGGCCUCUCUGAGGCCUUCUUGCAUCUCUGCCUCCCAAAGGCCUGCACAGCUGGUUGUUGUUGCAGCAGCAGCAGCAGCCCUGGCUGCAAGCUCCCUGGGUGAAUGGUGCUUCUGGGGCUGGCCAGGAGGUGCUUUCCAGGCCCUGUGGGGCAGUGUGAGGGGGCACCUCUCUUUGGGGCAGCUCAGAGACCAGGGGCUGCAGCUGCCCAAGGAGAGGGGAGAAGAGAGGAGGCUGAGGGAACUCCCCACAAAGGAAGGCGUUUGAAAAGGGUGAGGGGCUGCCGGUUCUGCAGGCAAGGGGUGACCUAACUGGGCUCCUGAGCCUCACAGGGGUGCUGCAGAAAGAAGGUAGUUGCGUCAAGGGAGCCGUGGACUCAAAAAGGUUGAAAAGCUCUGCCUUAAAGCAAGACGCUGGGCUAUCUUGGAGGCCCCCAAAAAAUGAAAGGAAAAAAAGAAACUGGAUGUACGUUUCCAAAAUAUAAUAAUAAUAAUAAUUUACUAUUUACACCCUGGCAAGAUAAGUUCAACAAUUACUUUGAUAAAAUACAUACAGUAGUACCUCGGGUUAAGUAUUUAAUUCGUUCCGGAGGUCCGUUCUUAACCUGAAACUGUUCUUAACCUGAAGCACCACUUUAGCUAAUGGGGCCUUCCACUGCUGCUGCGCCACCGGAGCACAAUUUCUGUUCUCAUCCUGAAGCAAAGUUCUUAACCCAAGGCACUAUUUCUGGGUUAGCGGAGUCUGUAACCUGAAGCGUAUGUAACCUGAAGCGUAUGUAACCCAAGGUACCACUGUAUUUUGUUAUGUGCAAACGGCUAUUAGGUCCAUAAAUUACCAUAUAGCUUAUAUUCAACACAAAAAAUAGCGACAAUUUGUUGUCGACAAAGGACAGCUGGGCAUAUAAAGGGCCCCAUUACCUUCAGUAGCUUAGGGCCGCAUCAAACCUAAAUCUGGCCCUGCCUAAGGGUCAUCUAGUCCAACUGCCUGCAAUGCAGGAAUCUCAGCUAGAUCACCCAUGACAGAUGGCCAUCCAGCUUGCUUAAAAAGCUCCAUUAAAAGGGAGUUCUCCAACUCCCAAGGGAGUCUGUUCCACUGUCAAACAGCUCUUACUGUCAGAAAGCUCUUCCUCAUGUUUAGUCAGAAUCUCCUUUCUUGUAACUUGAAUCCAUUGGUUCAGGUCUCUGGAGCAGGAGAAAACAAGCUUGCUCCAUCCUCCAUGUGACAGCCCUUUAAAUAUUUGAAGAUGGCUAUCAUAUCUCCUGUCAGUCUCCUCUUAUCCAGAUUAAACAUACCCAACUAACUAACCUUGGAUUCUUGAGAAAGAAUACAUAAAAUAUUCUUUUUUUGCCCAUCACACAGAUUCUUCUUCCAAGGAUGAAGGGCAGGAUGUUUUAAUAAUAAUGUCCUGUUCAAUACACCUACUUGUGUCUUUUAUUGCUGACUGGCACAGAAAAGUUUGGCUAAACUAUUCCCUAUUAUUUGGCAUAACAAUUACAGGACAUUGAGAAUCUAUUUACAAGUUUUGGAGAGGAAUGUAGAGAAGAUCCUGACAGUGUGGCCUUUUUGAUAGAUCUGUGAUGAGAAUUGGUGUGUACGAUCCACUGAAUUUUUCAACAUAUUACUCAUGCUGGUGAAAUGACUCAAACAUGACAGGUGCUUUAUUUUCAGGUAGAAGAUGCUUUCUGCAGGUUCCAUUUGGUUCAUCUUCACUUCAACCUUUAUAUCUUCUACUGUGUCACAAGAAGUCAACAUAUGUCACACACCUGAAUUCUGCAUCAGCAGCUGAGAAUUUUAAGGAGACAAAACGUGCAAUAGAUGACUUGUAUUCUACCGAGCAGAAAUCUACUGUUUUGCAGCUACUAAAUUCAGCAUCUGAGAAAGAACUUAGUGCUGUGAAACUAAUGCGAGGAAGGAAGUCCAUGAACAUAAUAGAGUACAGGAACAAGCACGGGCCAUUCCGGAAUUUACAGUGUUUACUAGAAGUGCCUCUUUUUCAGUAUAAAACAGCUGUUAAAGUCUGCAACUUUAUUCUCAAUCCCAAUGCAAAAGAAGAAAGAAAAGAGAAAAAAAUACAGAGUGUCACGUCUGCAAUGAAAUAUAUCAAACCUGAUAUAGAAAGAGAGCGGCUAGAGGUAUCGUUUUCAUUGGGUCCUACGAAUAUUGCCAUUUCCCACAUAGUAACAUUAAGUCUUCAGUCAUGCAACUUGGGAACAAGUCAUUGAAUCCCAUUAAAUCAAGCAGGGCUUACUUCCGAGUAAAUAUCAAUGAAAUUCAGCUGCGUGGCUUUUAAUAUUUUAGAUGGUUAGGCAGAAUUAUGUGUAAUGGUGGAUUCAAAGACUUCCUCCAAAGGUACCAAAGGGCUUGAAUUUUCUCAAUGAGAUUAUUUAUAAAAAAAACACUUUUCCAGCAAACCCACUGCAUUUUAAAGCUUACUUAAUAGCAAUUGUCUGGUUAUUUUGUAGGGAGGGGGGCACUGCUGUUCAAGAAACAUGAGACAGAGGUUUCCUCGGGUGGGCAGAACUUGGUGUACUGUUCUUUGGACAAUGUACAUUUUAUAAGAAAUGUCUUAAAACAAGCUCACCCACAGCCCAAGCAUGUGGGUAUCAGUGCAGCAAGGUGAAGGAACGUAUCUGCACAUACUGCCUAUGAGAGUAGGUCAUUAAUGCAAUUCAGCUAUUUUCAUGGCAAGAAGAUUGUGCAGUCGGGCACUGCUUGUGGUGGUGCUUAGGAUUUAUACAGUGCUUCAUAUUAGUAGCUAUUUGUUCUGUGAAUAAGGAUGCACAAGCCAACUACUCACUUCUGUAUUCUGCCACGUGUUUAACCUGCAUGUGUGAAGAAUUGCCCCUUAGCUUUUACAAUAGGGGUCACCAACCUAAGACCCAUGGGCCGGAAGCAGCCCACGGAGGUCGUUUGAUUGGCCCACGAGCCACCCCCGAACUGAGCUGCCCGCUCAUGCGCUGUGCUAAACCAGCGCGGGGCAGGGACUUGCUUCCGCAGUGUCGGAAAUCGCGUCUGCGCAGAUGCCAAGAAUCUCGGGCCUGCGAUCCGGCCCCCAGAGGAAUUUCUACGGGACCGAUCCGGCCCAGGCAAGAUAAACCUUGCCGACCCCGAUUUACAACCAUCUUAGCGUGACUAAUUGCCAUUCUUCUUUUGUAAAACUCAAAGAGAGAUGCAUUUACGGUGUUAUACCCUUCAUUCUGGGGAGAUUUUACAACCUGUAGCAAAGAGGAGAUGGGGGAAUUAUGUAUUAGAAAACAUGAUGUUGUUAAUGCUGUAAGUACCAACAAAUCUUUCCUAUGCUCCCUUUUAGACUGCCAAUAGCAUUGUAUCCAUUGUUUUUGGCACUCGCAAAAUUGCAUGGGCUCAUGUUAAUAGACGCUUGGCCGUUCAGGAUUGGCAGCAGCAGGAGUGCACUAUGUUUAUGAAAGGUGCUUAUAUGCCAGCCGUCUAUCUUGAAGAGGUAAGCCACAUUAAGUUUUGAUUGUAUGCAGUUUUUCUAACAGCAUUUUUCUUUUGGGAGCAGCAUGGUUCUGUUAACUACAUAUAGACCCAGUUUGCAGAAACCACGAAGCCAAAUCAUGGUUUGGUACAAGUGUGUGAGAGCUCCGCAAAAGGGAUUGUGGCCACUUGCUCCUCCUCCAGUCCUGCUUUUGUGAACUAAGCCAUUGAUUGGAUUAGUGCAGAGGUCACUCAUCUGGCACCUGUGAAGGCUUCCAGUGGUACCCCAGACUCCUGAGAUUUUAAUAUUUUUUUGAAGUAGGUCUCUAAGCCCUCCUAGAAAGUAAGUUAUGGAGCAAAAAGUGCAGGUACCUUUAAAGCCUGUGAACUGAGUGUAGCUACCUUGUAUAUUUUUCCUGGUAUGAUAAAUGAUCCCUGUUGCUAUUAGGUAGCAACAACAUCUGUGUGCAUGUGUGAUCUCCAUAAUCAGAAUCAGCAGGACUUCCCAUGGUAAAAAUAAGGUGGUUGGGUGUGGUUGUCUAAUUUUGUGUUAUGUCGUGCCCCCUCCAUGGCACCCAUUUUGUGACUGGUGCCCCCAGCACACUCCUUGCUCAAUCGGAAAUGCCUAUUUACUCACGAAAGAUAUUCUUCAUCUAAGCUAAUGAUUCUAGCUCUAGUCAUGUUGCAUAUUUGUUUUUUUUUUAAGUGUGUAAAAUUCCCCAUUCAAAAAAAAAACCAAAAAGGAUUUCAGAGAAAUUCUUUCAUAUGUUGAACCAGCCUUACUUUGAAACCAUUCAGGGAUCCAGUAGGUUAAAUAGAAAAAUGUUAACUUGUUCUGCAUCCUUGUAGAAACAAGCUUUAGCCACAUCUCAAAUUUCUUUGUAUUUCAUACUGGCAGAUGAAUUUCUUAGAAGCCGUGACAGCUUAAUCCUAAAACAUGGUUUUACUCCCUGUUGAAUCCAUUCGUUUGAAAGAGAGUUAAGAGUCUCCCGUGGUACAAGGUUGUGCCACUAGUAUUAGUUUUUGGGCCAGUAGAGGAAAAGGCUGGUAGUCAUACCUCAGCUCCCGAACGCCUUGGGAGUCAAAAGUUCUGGCUCCCAAAUGAUCAAAAACUGGGAGUGUUCCGGUUUUCGAACAUUCUUUUAGAAGCCGAAUGUCCGACGGGGCUUCUGCCGCUUCCGAUUGGCUGCAGGAGCUUCCUGCAGCCAAUCAGAAGCUGCACUUUGGUUUCCAAACGUUUCGGAAGUCGAACGACUUCCGGAACGGAUUCCAUUCGACCUCCGAGGUACGACUGUACUUCUAUUGUAAAAUGUUUUUUUUGCAUGAUGCUCUGUACAGGAAAGGGAGCCGCUUUUGUACACUAGGAUUGAUGCUACUGCAGUCUGUGUGCUGAGCUAGUGUCAGCUCUCAGGGGACAAGUUGUUCCUUGUUUUUAAAUCCCAUUGCUGGAACUACUGUGUCUGAUCUUUUUGUUAAUUAUCAAAGUAUAGGUGCUUAUAGGAGUAUGAACAAAAAUAGCUGAAUACAUUUUGUGGGUUGAAGUCAAAAGGUCCAAUUCCUCCCGCUUCCUUAAUGGUGAUACAAUUUGAGUUUGCUGCCCUUCAAGGGAUCCCCAUAAUCUGCUACUUGAGACAAGCCAUCUCACCCUUCCUAAUGAUAAUGUACAGAGCCAGCUAGUUGCAAGUCCCAAAACUUUUUAAAAUGUACUUCAUCCUACUAUAUAUAACUACUUGCUUGCUCUGGGUAACAAAAAAAGUGUAAAACAUUUCUCAUGGGACUGGAGAUACUACGUUUAUGGUGGAUUGCUACUAUUUAUUCAGUGCUUGUUUAUUUCAGAUUUCUUCAGUAAUAUCCCGGCUUCCUGAAGCAGAUUUUUAUGUCUUGGAAAAAAGCGGACUUUCUGCUCUGAAUGCAAAUCUGUUUCCAGUAACGUUACAUCUUCGUACAGUGGAAGCCAUGCUCUAUGCGUUGUUACAAAAAACAUUUUCGCAGGAUGGCCAGUACAAAGUAUUAAGCAUGGCCCGAAGUGCUGUAGGAAAGCACUUUGAGUUGAUGGUUGGGGACUCGCGAACUAGUGGAAUAGACCUUGUGAAACAGUUUCUCUUAGAAUCUGUUACGCAUGCUGAGCCCCGUGUGAACUUUUCAAGAGAGCAGGUAGUAAAUUAUCGAAACGUCUUGUCAUCAAACAAACAGUGGAGAGACGAAGAGCUGUGCGAUUCCUUGCUGCAGGCAAUAGCUUUUUAUGAGCUACUGAUACUGAACAAUACGACUUAGUUUUUAUCUUAUUCAGUUUUGUUCUUUGCUGUCAUGGAUGAUCUGUACAAUAAGUUCCAACUGAUUCACUGUAUACGGGGUGCUGUACAGCACAUGGAAGACUGUGAUAGGAAAACAGCAUUUAAUUCCUGCUGACCUAUUAAAAUUAUUAAAUGUGUAGAAACACUUUGUGUCAGGAUUGUUGAUAGUAACAUGGUGUUUUUUAGGUUAGGAUUGGCUGAAAAAAAGUGGAAGAACAUAAAACAGGAUCAUUUUAACCAUGGUUAGUAACAGCCGCACAGAAUGAAUUAAGUGACUGGUGCAUAAACCUGUGGUGCAGUGCCUAAAACUAGACAUGGGGAACCUCUAAGCCCUCCAGCUGUUCAUCAGUCACAGCCAACACAGCUAGUGAUCCAGAAUGAUGGGAGUUGUCCUAAAACACAUGCAGGGGAGCAGGUUCCCCAUCUGUAACCUAAACCUAGUUCUUGUUAUAUUUACAUGAGACUUGCAUCAAAGCCAGCGUUAGCUAAUGUGGUGUGUUCUAGAUAUUGUUGGACUCUCAACUCCUGGUGAGCAUGUGCAAUGGUCAGGCAUGAUGGGAGUUAGCAUUGAGUAAUAUCCAGAGGGCAUGCAAUUAGCUAACCCCGCCUUAGAUGCAGGUCUAAUGUGAAUGUAACAGGGUUUACAUUGAGAUUACAGAUGGGGUACCUGCUCCCCUUCCGACAAUCAUGGUAUCAUUAAUAACAUGUCUGUACGUAAACCAAAUCAGAUGUUUAGAUUCAUGCAAUAGGCCCAUUUCCUUUCAGAGCUGCUACUAUCCUCAUAGCUCCACAUAGCAACUAUGGAGGCUAAAUCUAAAUAAAAAGUUACCAUCGC